UCGAAAGAACCAAGAAGACGAAUCCCUGCAGUCACGAAAGCUUUAAAUCGAAAUAAUAAAAUAAUAAACUUAAAACUAUUUUAUAAUGUUUUAUUUUUAUUAUUUUAUUAUUCUCCUUCUACGUGACUUUAUCGAAAGAACCAAGAAGACGAAUCCCUGCAGUCACGAAAGCUUUAAAUCGAAAUAAUAAAAUAAUAAACUGAAAACUAUUUUAUUAUGUUUUAUUUUUAUUAUUUUAUUAUUCUCCUUCUACGUGACUUUACCGAAAGAACCAAGAAGACGAAUCCCUGCAGUCACGAAAGCUUUAAAUGGAAAUUUAGUGCGACAGAAGUUCAACAUACAUACGGACGGAGGUAGAAAUUCCACAUCUCGAUGGCAGUCUCAAGUACACCAUAAAGACAGCCACUGUCAUGGACACUAAAGUAAAACAUGUUAACUUAGUCACACAUUCUGUAGUCAUACCCGAUACGUAAUACACACUUUAGAUACAGGACUUAACACCACACUGAAUGAUUUAUAAUUGUAUUUCUAUAGGUGGCGUUUAGAGACAUUCUUCACGUGGCAAUCAGACCAACAGCUGUCGUCCUCACAGCUGGAAUAUAUCUCGAUGCUCAAGCCUCCCGUAAAUCACGUGACUUCUUCGCGGCCACGCCAUCUCUGAACCCCUCCCACCCCCCUGUCGCCGCCCACUCUGAAAACAGACUCUGCUCCUCCGUGCAGGAGCAGCAGCGCCGAGGCACCUAUAGGAGCCUCUUCCUCAUCUCUCCUGACCCUUUGCUUUCAUUUCUUGAUUUAUUUUACAUUCCUCCUCCUCUGCUUUCCCAUUCUAUCUCUUCUCUCUCCCUCCCUUCCCCCUUUUUUUCCCCAUGCCUAACAUCCUAAUAUUAUUGUAAUUAAUACAGCGCCUAUACCAAGCGCGCAUUACGGAGAAUUAACAGCGGUAGGUACGAUGCUGUUGGCAUGAAUGAUGCUAUAUAAAGUGAAGUUAUUCUUAUCAUUAUGAAAGUAAUGGUGCAGAUAUGGUGAAUGAAAUAGAUGAGGAAUUGAAGGUGGUCGAAAUCGCGAUGCGUGAAUGAAGCAAAAGAGAAAUUGACGAGAGCAAAUGAUGAUGAAUGGAUUGGAUGGAUGGGGAAUGAGUGGUCGUCAUUGAGAGAGAUUACGAAGAGGGAGCAGGGGACGGCCGUGGUUAGAAGGGGGGAAUUAAGGGAUGAGCUAGGGGGAAAGAAAAAGUGAGUUUUGAGGGAGGAGCGGAAACUCGUGAGUGAAGGUGACCCCUGAAUGUGGAGGGGGAAGUUUGUUCCAGUGAAGGGGGCGAGCAGAGAGAAAGAACGAACGCGUGAUCAAGCACAAGGACUCCCCCCCUGACUCGACUUCCCCUUCCCGUGCCACAGAGUCCAUCCUAUUCGGUUUACCCGACACGGACUGUUGAAGCCGUGGUGGUGGCAGUGCUGCUGGCGGUGCCUGGUCGCGGUGAAGACGGCGACGACGGUGGCGGCGACGACGGUGACGACGGUGGCGUCUGUGGGCGGGCCAUGGCGUGCUGGUGGGGGCGGCUGUGUGCGCCGCGCGUGUACCCCGUCGUCCCCGACGGCGGCUGGGGCUGGGUGGUGGUGGGCGCCCUCUUCUCCAUCAGCGCCGUCACCAUCGGCUCGUUCAAGGCGUACGGCGUGUUCGUGCCGGAGCUCAUGGCGCACUUCGACACGCACGCGCGCGGUGUCUCCUGGAUCUUCUCCAUCUGCAUGUUCGUUGUCGCCUUCUGCGCCCCCGUCACCACGGUGCUGGGCAACCGCUUCUCGCCGCGCGCGGUGGUGAUGGUCGGCGGCGUCAUCACCAGCGUGGGCACCAUGAGCACGGCGCUGUCGCACACCCUGACGCACGCCUACCUCACCCUGGGGCUCGUCACCGGCCUGGGCAUCUCGCUGAGCACGCUGCCCUGCUACUCGGCGCUCUCCUGCUACUUCGAGCGGCGCCGAACCCUCGCCAUCGCGCUCGCCACAACCGGCGAGUGCCUGGGCACCUUCGCGUUCGCGCCUGGCUUCCAGCGUCUCAACGAGGCCGUGGGCUGGCGCCAUUCCUUCCUGGUCAUCGGCGCUGGACAGGCGAUCAUCGUGGCUUGUGGAGUGUUGCUCCGGCCGCUGGAGCUGCGAGCGCCGUCACCUGCCGACCGGCCGGGCCGGCGCCAACCCUGCACCGACGACGGUGCUGCCGUCACCGCCGCUGCCACAAUCGUCAUCAUGCGGGAGAACGAGCAGACGCGGACGACGGUUCACUCCGACGACUCGGGCGUCUGCGUGCAGCUGCCGCCACCAGCGACGGCGGCGUCGCUGUUCUUUCCGGCGCCGGCACAACCGCUCGUUGCCGACGACUUCUGUGCCGGCGGAGACGAGGAGGAAGAGGAAUUCGACGAGGGCGGUUGCUCCAAAGCGGCGUCGAUUUGGAGCGACGACGAAGCUGGCGCCAACAACGCGAACGACGACGGAAGAGAAGAGCCGGCACCCGCGGCAAUGACCUUACUCGACCUCUCGGUGCUGCGAGAGCCCGGCUUCGCCUGCUACGCGCUCUUCGGCGCCUUCAUCUCCUUUGGAUUCUUCCCGCCGGGGCUCUUCCUGGUGCCGCUGGCGCUGGACGCCGGCGUGCCCGCUACCGAGGCCACUUACCUCCUGUCGGCGAUGGCCGGCGCCGAGCUGGUGGGCCGCUCGGCCGCCGGGUGGCUCUUCUCGCGCCCGCUGGCGCUGCCGCGCGUUUACCUCGAGCUGGUCUGCGUGUGCGCCGUCGCAGUGGCGCUUUUCGCCUUCCCCGUGGCGGCCGUCGGCAGCGGCGGCGGCGGCGGCUGGGGGCGGCCGAUGGCGGCUCUGGCGUCGUGUAGCGCCGCCUUCGGCCUGGCGUUCGGCGCCGUCGCCGGCACGCACGUGUCCGUGCUGGCCGAGCCCGAGGUGGUGGGGCCGGGGCGCUUCUCCUCGGGACUCGGGGUCUACGUGUUCGUGCAGAGCUUCUCCGGGCUGCUGGGGCCGCCCCUCGCCGGCUGGCUGGUCGACCUGGCGGACGAAGACUACCUCAUGGCGUUCUACACCUCCGGCGUUGCCGUGGCCCUUGCCGCCAUUUGCAUCGCGCUCGUGCGGCCAUGCGCUCUCGAGUUUGGCGGCGGACUUAAUUACGUUCAGCGGCAGCGGCGACGGCACCGGCGUUGCUGUGGCGGCAGCUGCUGCUACCGACGUAACCGCAAGCAGCAAGACAACGGAAGUAGCAGCAGCAGCAGCACGGGCGUUAACGCCAACCCUGGCGUCCUGGCGUUUGCGAUGCCGUUCGCCGACGACGCCGCCGCCGCCACCACCGAGCUGCUGGAAUACCGGAGCGGAGCGGUCGUGCUUCGUGCCGACAGCGCGGAGUUCCUCGAGACGGACCUGCAAGACGCCGUUCGCAAGUGAAACCGCCCCCUCUUGCCCCGCGUGCAGCUGGUGGCACCCGAGGACCACAAAAACAAACGUUUUUUUUUUGGUGGCCUUGUAGCUGGCACACAGGACUCGUGUCCCAGGCUGUCUUAUACGAGUCUGAAGAUCGCAUAAUUAAAAAAAAAACAACAACAGAGGCUUCGCCUUUUGGGACGCAUCUUCUUCCUUUAACCGACACACGGGGCCAACGUCGCCAUGACUCAGAGGGUUCGUCGUCAUCCCUGGGGUGCCGCCAGUUAAGCCGCGCCAAGUUACCGUCGGUCGCUCACUGCCCUCCCAACACCUCGUCUCUUAACGACCCGCAAAGUCGUGAUAACAAAACCAGCUCCAGUGGCGCUGGGCAGGAAUGUAAGAUGGCUUCAGUCAUGGUUGGAGGAAGUGGUGCUUGUUCAGCUGGGUUGACAGCUAUUCUUUUUAUUUCAGGAAUGAUUUAUGGUUUGUUUACAAUUUAUAAACGUUAUGGAAUCUGACCCAAAUGUUUACAGCUCCAUUGAUUUUACCGAAAAUAAGUGAAUCACCUCGCCGACCCUGCCACCCCCCCCGUCCCCCCACCAACGCACACCCACAAAAUUUGUCGCUGGACCCUUUCAAAUACCAAACGACAAACUGAACGCACGCGGGUGAAUUGGCGGUAUCAGCGGUCAGUCGGCAGCUCGUUUUCAGUGGCCCGGAUCCACGUACAAAAUCAACAGGAUUGUCCGGGUCAUGAAGCAAGCACAGCCAUAGCAGCGUCUGCACAAUGAGCGGUGGGGGGGGGGGGGGCGGGCUCGAGUCCCACUUUUAAAGAACAAUAACUUUGGUCGAAAAAUGAAGUGUGCACCUCCUGAAUUUUUUUAGCCAAUUUUUUUUUGUUGCUCCUCCAAGCCGUGCCUUUGUCCUCCUUAGAAAAUAAUCUUUAAGUUGAAUUUCGCCGUUUCUGGGAGCCAUUCGAGGCCGCUCGUCGGUGAACGGCGACUUGCACCUCCCAAGUGCACUUACACGGUCCAUCGUUUGUCAAUAUGUAAGUUGAAAUGAUUUUUUUUUUAAAUAUGCGCCUUGCUGGUCCGCACUUAAAGCCGCGAGUUUUUUGUCGCGACGUCCGAACGCACUUCCACGAGAGUCAGGGUCCUCGCGAGACUCGAGUUUUAAUUUCCGUAACGACAAUGACGGCUUCAGACACUUGAAUUUUUAAUCGAGUAAUGUAUUGCGAAGUCAUAGAGGCACUUUUGUUCGCCUUGUCAUGAAUCCGCUUUGCGUCUCAGCGCGGUAGUUGAAAUUAGUUUUUAAACUUUGUUUCGAACGCAUGUCACACCGACCCGUUGCAUCUUCUUAUUUCUAACGAGGAUCGACUUUGCGUGCAACUCGCGUGUCAGUCGUCGGCGUGCAUCGCACACUUAUUUAAUGUUCAAACGUGAAACGGCACACUGGAGGCAUUUGCGUUGAAAUAAAGGAUGAUGAAACGCAAA